CGAAAUUUUUUGGAAAUUAAACUGCAGAAAGAAAAAAAAAAUUGAAAAUAGAAAGACUUGUACAUGAAGAAAAUCGCUAUUUGGGAAUGCAUUCGGUAAUUAAUGAACUGGGUUUUCAAGCGGCGGCAGCCGCGGCAGCUGCUGCGGCUGUGACGUCGAAUAUGCACUUUGCUGCAGCUGCCGAUUCGAUUGAAUCAGAAAAUUUAGAUCAGCGGCCGUUCUCGAUAGAAGAUUGCGGUUUUAUGGAUCCUGAAAUGCAGCAUACAAUGCGAACAAUAGAUGAUGCCAAUGAAUAUCCCAAGUUCGGUUGGGUUGAUAUAACUUCUGAGUUUAUGUCGGCGUGCUCGGAAUUAAAUUUAGGUGAAUUGGCCCAAGACAUGUUAUUUGGUCUAUUUGAGGCUAUGUCAGCAAUUGAAAUGAUGGAUCCGAAAAUGGACGUGGGAAUGGGCUAUAAUCGCAACGAUACGAAACCGCAUACCUUUGAAACGGCAGUUGACGCUGGCGUUUUAAAGCUAAACAAUCUCUCCUAUGAGGAUCUGAUUGGUAUCUUUGACGCGUUGUUUGCUUGUAUGGUUUCUUGGCUGGAGGGUAAUUCCAUGGAUCAAGUGCUAUUCACAUGUUUGUAUUUACACGCGCCAGCUAAAAUUGAAGACAAAGCAUUGCGGUCCUUUUGCCACGCGGUACGCCAUUUAAUAAUACACAUUAAAAAUAUUAUUAUCUCAAGUAGCGUUAACGAAGAAGAGGACUUUCAAUUAUAUGGUAAUUCAUCGCUGUUGGCCAACGAAGAGUCGCCGUCAGCGUCGUCAAUUGGCGGACUGUUAAAAGAAAGUGAAGACGAAUUGGUUAGACAUAGCAAAUCAUCGAAUCAGCCCGAAGAUAUAAUGGCCGUUGUACAUCGUUUACGUUUUAUGCGUCAUUUCUAUCAGUCGUUGUAUUUAUUUGACUAUGCCAUGACUAAUUCCGUCGAUGAAGGCAAUAUCAAUGAGAUUUAUAAACAUUUGAAUGCUUCCUUAGAGCUAAUACCGCAAAUCAAAAAAACCAUUGAAAAAGGUACACAACCUAUAUCGGGCUCCGAUUGUCCUAAUCCAAUGGGCUUCUCGCCGCGCAUUCAUGAUCGCAGUCAGCCGCCCACGUUUCCUCGUAGUGUUAAAAUGCGUGAUCGCCCCUCCAGCCUAAUGUUCCUAGAGGAGUUAGUGCAGCGUUUGAAAUAUUCAUGUAAAAUUAUACGUAUGCGUGAUUACUAUACUGCUUUGAACUUUUUUAUAGAAUUCAGUCGUAAGUCGGGCCACUGCAUAUUAUCCCGUAGCAUUCUACAGGGUUUGUUCAUUUCGAAUAGACGUCUGAUUUUUGGAUCGAUGCAAAUUAAAGAUUUUCUUUGGGAUUCGGUGCGCGCUUUCAAUAAUCCACCUGUAAUGAAUCCAAAAAAUGCUCUAGCUGCUGACCGUGACAUUCAAGUGAUGCUGGAUAAUUUUUUUAAAUACUGCUCGAGUACUUUUACUCAAUUUAUACGAAUUUGCGGCUUCAAUCGGGCGCGUCAACGCGAUAAACUGGCCCGUUUCAUAGAAAGUUUUGACAGCAUUCAAGUAGAGGCUGCUAGGCUCGACUCACAACUAAGUUUAAUGUCCAGUGAAAAAGCGGCUGAGGGCAACGGGGCAGCCGCUACAACACUAAAGCAUAGUGCGCAAUUUGCUACUUGGGUUUUAUAUAAUUGCUUUCGAUCGAUGAUGUUAUAUUUGAUGUCCGGUUUUGAAUUGGAAUUGUAUGCGGUCCAUGAAUUUUUAUAUAUAUAUUGGUAUCCCUAUGAGCUUUUGAUUGGCUUCAUUGUUUCUGCUUUAACUCGUACUGAGAAUAAUUUGUUGGUUCAAGAAGAAUACGCCGAUCAUCAGAGCAAACUUCAGGCUGGGUCCAAUAGCGGCGGUGGGUCGAGUAAAAAUCGCCCAAAGAAUAAACCAAAGAAGAAUAAAAAGCAACAAAAACCUUAUCGACAGGAGAUUGUCUAUUAUCAUGCUAUGCUUAGCAUGUGUGGCGGAUUUUAUAAGGCGAUAGGUGCUUUAACCAAAGACGGUCGCAUACGACAACCUAUGCCAAAAUUUGACAAUGAAGAGAUACGUUUUAAUCGCCGUUUCGCUCCGUUUGCAAAUCUCACCAGCCCUCCGCCGGUAGGCUAUGAAGAAUUUAAAACCUUUCGCGAGCAUAUGAUGAGACCUCCAUCAUCAGAGAUAUACUCAAUAGCAGCUAAACACUUCAAUCAGGCCCGCAAUGCUUUGGAAUCAAUACAAAAUCCUGAACAAGAGAUUCUCGAUAUGUUGCAAGUGGCUAAAAUUAAUUAUGUCGUAAUGAACGUUUUAGCUAAAGGGCACCAAAAGGAUUUGAAACGUCAACCCGAUUUUGAUUUUAGUAAACAUCGUCAUUUUCCUAUAAUUAAACUUAAUUAAAAUAAUAAUAAUAUCCAUAAA